AGGACACCAUGGGAAGAAAGCUGCGAUGUGUGCUGAUUUUCCUUCUCAUCAUUCUGAAGGAGCAAAACAUGUCAGAAGGCUGCAGAUGUGAACCAUCAUCUACCUGCAGAUGCUCCAAACAGGGCCUCACCAGCAUCCCUCAGAACCUCCCUACAUCUAUCACUACCUUAGAGUUAGAAUUAUCUGGUAUUGUCCUGAUUGGCUCUGUCAUUCUCACAAUGUGGUACAAGGGGACUCCCAGCAAAGUUUUUAGUAGCAACACAAAUACUGCAGUUUCUGUAAUGGCCAGUGGUGAUGAUAACCAGUACGAAGAUAUUGACAACCAUCAUAAUCAGACAGGAUCGGGUCAGUCUCUAGCUACUCAGUCUCUGAAAGUUGGAAAUCUAUCACAUAAAAAAGUGGUAGCUUCCUUGAAGCCAAGUCCUAUGUAUGCAGGUGUGGGAACACCACAAAAGGCACCAACAUGUACCAGUGAUCAUAAUCAGACAGGGCAGGGUCAGCCUCUAGCUACUCAGUCUCUGAAAGUUGGAAAUCUAUCACAUAAAGAAGUUAUAGCUGCCUUGAAGCCAAAUCCUAUGUAUGCUGGUGUAGGAACACCACAAAAGGACCCAACAUGUACCAGUGAUCAUAAUCAGACAGGGCAGGGACAGUCUCAGGCCAUCCAAUCCACUACAUCCAACACCACAGCUACUGUAAAAGUCAGUGGUCAUGAUUGCCACUUAACUGAAAUUUUGAAAAAAAAAUGAUGGCAGAAUGAAAAGUAGUGGAAAUUGAAAGACCCCAAAAUUCUGGGUAAAAAGAAUCAUAAUCUAUGUAUUACUAAGUAUUUUGAUGGUUUGAGAGGCUUGCACUGCUUUCAAAAUCUGUUGUUGUGUUAUUAGGAUACAAGUUUGUAUUUCUG